AUGGCAGCAAAACCUGAAGAGCACUCGGUAGAUAUUGAUUUGCAGCUGGUAAACUCGAUGGUACAAAAAGUCCGCUCUCUGGGAGACAGUGGUUCAUGGAAAGAUGGCCUCCGCACAAUCCACCGGGUCCCCCUCAACAUCCGGAAGCGUGACGAAAAUGCCUACAAUCCCAAAAUUUUAUCAAUCGGCCCAUACCACCGUGGCGCUCUAAAGCUCCAAGCCAUGGAAGUGCACAAAAUGAGGUACCUCAGCGAACUACUUGGCUCCAACCUUAUACCCAACAUCACGAAGUGUGUCAAAAGGAUCCAGGAGCUAGAGAAAGUAGCAAGGAACUGCUACUCUGAAAUAAUUGACCUCAGCAGCGAGAAGUUUGCGGAAAUGAUGCUGCUCGACGGCUGCUUCAUCAUCCAGUUCUUGAUACAAAGGAACCAAAAUGAAGCAAGGAAACAGAAGAGGAGGGAAGCUGGCGAUCCUAUCUAUGUUGUGAGCUGGAUGUCACCUCUCAUAAGGCAUGACCUGCUGAUACUCGAGAACCAGAUUCCCUUCAUCAUCCUGAAGGCCAUCUUCGAUGUCGUGCAGAGUUCCUCACAGGAAAAUCGACCCUCACUCAUGGUGCUAGCACUCAAUUACAUCACACAUGGAAAGGAAACUGAAAUCCCUCCAAAAAUGUAUGAUCACGAACCACAUCAUUUGCUGCAUUUGCACCAUUUGUUUCAUUCAUGUGACCUUCCACCUCCAGCACCCUCCACCCCCACUUGCUGUCAUCCCUUGGUUAAAUUUUUCUUAAAAUUUCUGCCUCUACGACGAGCCACUUCGGACAUUCAUUUCACCGAGGAUCGAACCCCGAGAACGAUCCCGUGUGCGUCAGAGCUCAGGGAGGCUGGCGUCCGGUUUAGGAAGAAGGAGAGCAAGAGCUUCUUGGAUGUCACAUUCAGCAAUCGUGUACUCCAAAUGCCAUUGCUAUCGAUCGGUAACUCGACCAACCCCUUGUUCCGUAACCUCAUCGCCUUCGAGCAGUGCUGCCCGAGUGCAGGGAGCUAUUUCACAUCUUAUGCAGUGCUGAUAGAUGACUUAAUUAACACGCCAAGGGACGUAGCCAUCCUCCAGAGCUGGGGGAUCCUCGAGAACAAGCUGGGGAGCGACGAGGACGUCGCACUGCUCUUCAACCGGCUGCUGGUGGAUGUCACGUCCACGGCGGAAAGCAACACCUACGCCGAGCUCUUCAAGAAGGUGAACACGCACUGUGGAUCCAAGUGGAACAAGUGGCGAGCAAAGCUGGUGCGCGAGUACUUCAGCAACCCAUGGUCCAUCAUCUCGCUGCUAGCCGCCAUUGUUCUGCUGGUUCUAACCAUCAUACAGACCGUCUUCUCUAUAACAUCUUACUACUAUACUCCAACUCGCUCUAGAUCAUAA